AUGGCGAGAACCAAGCAGACCGCUCGUAAAUCCACCGGAGGCAAAGCCCCCAGGAAGCAGCUGGCCACCAAGGCUGCCCGUAAGAGCGCCCCGGCCACCGGCGGCGUCAAGAAGCCUCACCGGUACAGGCCCGGUACCGUGGCUCUGAGAGAGAUCCGUCGCUACCAGAAAUCCACCGAGCUGCUGAUCCGCAAGCUGCCCUUCCAGCGCCUGGUCCGAGAAAUCGCUCAGGACUUCAAGACCGACCUGCGCUUCCAGAGCACCGCUGUCAUGGCUCUGCAGGAGGCCAGCGAGGCUUACCUGGUCGGCCUGUUCGAGGACACCAACCUGUGCGCCAUCCACGCCAAGAGGGUCACCAUCAUGCCCAAGGACAUCCAGCUGGCCCGCCGCAUCCGCGGAGAGAGAGCUUAGACUCCGCUGCUGCUCCUCUCACCACAAUAACGGCUCUUUUAAGAGCCACUCACUCUGCUCUCAACAGCACAUUCCUCCCCUGAGCCAGCAGGUGGAGCCAUAUCUGCUCUGCCACAAUCACCACCUUUUCGUAGGCCCCUUAAUAGUUAGAGUAUUCACAGGCUUAAACACAAACGGUCAU